CGGGAAACGCGCGCCCGCGCGGGAGCCCGGACAGGCUGCGCCGCGCGGCAGCAAACAUGAAGGUCAUCACUUGCGAAAUAGCGUGGCAUAAUAAGGAGCCUGUUUACAGCUUAGACUUCCAACGUGGAGCUGAUGGGAAGAUCAAUAGACUGGCCUCAGCAGGUGUGGACACAGCUGUUCGUAUAUGGAAAGUGGAAAAAGGGCCAGAUGGAAAAGCAAUUGUGGAAUUCUUGUCAAACCUUGCCCGCCAUACCAAGGCAGUGAAUGUUGUGCGCUUCUCUCCAAGCGGUGAGAUCCUAGCAUCCGGAGGCGAUGAUGCUGUUAUUUUAUUGUGGAAGCUGAAUGAUAGCAAAGAAUUGGAACCAUUAGUUUUUCAAGAUGAAGAUGAAGCGCAGCUCAAUAAGGAGAACUGGACAGUUGUGAAGACUUUAAGAGGCCACUUAGAGGAUGUGUAUGAUAUUUGUUGGACCUCAGAUGGAAAUUACAUGGCAUCUGCUUCUGUAGAUAACACAGCUAUAAUGUGGGAUGUCAGUAAAGGGCAGAAGGUUUCAAUAUUAAAUGAACACAAGAGUUAUGUCCAAGGAGUAACCUGGGAUCCUCUAGGCCAAUACAUUGCAACUCUGAGUUGUGAUAGGGUCCUGCGGGUAUACAACACACAAACCAAACGUGUGGCAUUCAAUGUCACCAAGAUGCCAUCUGGAUCAGGAGCAGAAGGAGAGGCUAGGAGCUAUCGGAUGUUUCACGAUGACAGCAUGAAGUCGUUUUUCCGCAGGCUGAGUUUUACUGCCGAUGGCUCCUAUUUGCUCACUCCAGCUGGCUGUGUUGAAUCGGGAGAAAAUGUAACAAACACCACGUAUGUUUUCUCCAGAAACAAUCUAAAAAGGCCUGUGGGUCACCUGCCAUGUCCUGGAAAGGCAACUCUUGCUGUUCGCUGCUGCCCAGUCUACUUUGAGUUGAGACAAGCAUUUAAUAAAGAUGAAAUCAGUCAGAAGUCGUCUCCUCCUCUGUUCAGUCUGCCCUAUCGAUUGGUGUUUGCUGUUGCUUCAGAAGAUUCUGUGCUUUUCUAUGACACUGAACAGUCUUUCCCCUUUGGCUAUGUUUCUAACAUACAUUAUCACACUCUGAGUGAUAUUUCAUGGUCCAGCGAUGGAGCCUUUCUUGCUAUUGCUUCCACGGAUGGAUACUGUUCAUUUGUUACCUUUGAGAAGGAUGAACUGGGAAUACCACUGAAGGAAAUACCACAGAUAAAUGUCAGGACUUCUGGUGCAGCAGAGAAGAAAGUGAAAAAGAGUCAGUCGCACAAAGUCGUUUCUCCAGGCUCUAGGCUGACAGAGGGGACUCCUUCCAGCAGGGUUAUGGAUCCUAGCACUCCUCCUCUCCAACCUAGAACUACAGCUGCCAGUAAGGACUUGCCUUCCACACCUGUUGGCAUAAAAAAUAUUCCAGUCUCAUCCUCAGACGAGAGGAAAAUCAGCCAACCAGCCAGCCAGAGCACUAAAGUAAACCAGCCCAGGAGGAUUACUCUCAACACUUUACAAGCGUGGAGCAAGACGCCAAGGAGAGUAAACUUGAUUCCACUAAAGCCAGAUACACCAACUUCUACAUGUACAGAUACAGUUCCUAUAUCUCCUUCCUCAGAACAAGAACUUGAGAGUCCUUUGCCAUCUGAUGAUAGUCCUCAAAAUCCCCCAGCAUCAAAACGUCCUAGAACUGAGGAAAUGUCACUUUCUACAUCUGCUGAAGAUCAAAUCAGCUGCGAUUCAAACAAAUAAAAAAGCUAAGCUUUUAGUAGCCUCUUCACAGUCUGAAGGUGAUGCAGCCAUAUCUGAGUGCAUUUCUUUUAGCAAAUGUUAAAUCCUCAAUUCCUGAUUGAAGUACCUUAUGCUUAUUUGACAUAGUGCUGUGAAGGAAGAAGCUGCUAGUAGAAGACACAGGAUUCGGGAAGAGGAAAUAGUUUGCAGAAGAGGAAAUAAUUGGGAAGUGACUUCAAAGUGCAUUUCUAUGCUUGAAGACAGUAUUCUUUAAGAAAUCCCACAGCUUAAGGAAAUCAGGACAGUCUGGGUAUUGAAAACCCAUACAGUAGCCUCAGAGCCUCCAUCAGCAUCCCUAAGUUGAUGUUUAUAAAGUAUUAUGUCUUCCAGUAACCAGUCUGGCAGAAGAAUAGAAUUUCUAAUGGCUUAAAUGCAUUCAUAAUGAUCUGAUGUGGUUUAAGACAAAAAAUCAUUCAAGCAUCUUGGCUUAUAUGAUUAUCAAUGUGCCAAAUGAUCCAUGCUGUCCAGUACAUGUGGAAUGAAAGCUGACGUUCACGUGCUCUGC